AUGGAUGAAGAAGCGGUGCCUCAGGCAUCCAAGCUGACCGGCUUUAUCUUCCCCGGGAACCCGAAUGCCGCUCGAAACCUCACGGACCAGCAGAGAGCCGAGAUUCAGGCCUUGAGUAAGACGGAAGACAUCGAGCUAACCGAAAGGAAGCGGCUCAAUGAGGGCCUUCGACGCCGCAUGAAGAAUCCGCAAGGACUACGAAAGGGAUUGGUUGAGCAGUGGCAAGCUGCCGUAUCGCCAACGGACAAGUUUGCUUUCUUGAAAGCCUACCUGCUCGAUACGCAGAUGAGUUCCAUCGAGGUGCAGCCCUACUUCGAAGAGCUGGCAGAAACGGUCAACAAUGAGCGGUUCAUAGAACUCCCACUAUGUGAGAUAAAGCAGAAGUACGCCCACCUUCCCGGAGCAGAGAAGUUUAUCCAGGACUUGCAGGCGAACCAGACCGGCAAGACCCACCCGCAGACCUCCGACCCCGAAUGGCGGAUUUACAAAAUUUUCAAGUGUGUGGAUCUGUCUAGAGACUCGCCUGCAUUAGUUGUUCCUGCUGUGUCCUACACCCAUGCAGUCCUUAAGAACCUGUAA